GAUUCUUUCCUCUAAAAUGGUGUUGCUCCUCACCACACCAAUCAGAAUCGGUGAAAAAAUCUCCGGUGCUACCAAUAAUGGCGAAAUCGAUAUCCUACAUCACUGGAUCUGAGCUCUUGUCUCUUAAAGAACGCGCUAAUGUCGCCAUUGUUGACGUCAGGGACGAUGAAAGGAGCUACGACGGACAUAUAGCUGGAUCACUUCACUUUGCUAGUGACUCGUUCCAGGAUAGGAUCCCUAAUCUUGUUCAGGCUGCUAAAGGCAAAGAUACCCUUGUUUUUCACUGUGCCCUUAGUCAGGUUCGUGGACCCAAAUGUGCACGCAGAUUUGCAGAUUAUCUAGCUGGAGCGAAGGAAGAUGUAGGAAUCAAGAGUAUAAUGGUGCUUGAACGCGGUUAUAAUGGUUGGGAAGCUUCUGGCAAACCUGUUUGUCGCUGCACUGGAACUACUUGCAAAGGUGGAUGCUAAAUCAAGAGGCUUUCUUGUUAUUAUAUGACAUACAUAUACUAUUAUUAUAUUAUCAUCUGCUGCCCUGCUACAAGUUUCUGUCGGGUUGGUUACUUGACUGAACCCGACACUUAUUUCUUUUGUAUAAUCCUACACAUUGAAUGGUUAUGAACCCAUUUAACUGGAAACGUAUAAGGAUGCAUUUGAAGUCAUUA